AUGGAAAAGGACCUCCAGGACGCGUACGCGGCACUCCAGCUGCUGCACACGGAUCUCGCACUGUCGCGUCCUGACAAUGGACUUCUCAGAGCUCCGCCCACGCACUUGCCAAGUCAUGGAUUGUAUUCUCGUACGCCACGUAUCGAAGAGAGACAUGGUGGAAUGCUCCGGAUGUUUUCUGAAGACACGAAGUCCCGAUCACGGUCCGUGACAAUGCGGUCGGAGGACCCUUUUGCCGAAGGGACACGAGAUCGUGUUUGCACGCAAUGUGGACCCGCCGAGACGAACUCGCCCGAACUUGAUGAUUAUCAAGUCAAUGAGCUCAACGAGUUGGAAAAGUCGGCGCUCUUGACCAAACUGCAAAGCUUGACAUCGACGGUGGAACAGCAGAUGCAGACCAUGUUGGCUCAACAAGCAAGUUUUGCACUGCAGAGAGAAGAGCUGGAGACGAUGCUGGAGGAGACAGUGCACAAGCUGCAGGUGGAAAAGCGCAAAGUGGCAGAUGCAGUGCUGGAGCAACAGACGGUCAAGGAGCAGUACGAGUUCUUGGAGACUCAAGUGGAGAUCUUGCUUCGGGACAGGGAAAAGCUGCGUCAGCAACAUGUGUGGACGAUAGGUGAACUGAGAGAAGAUUGUGCCAAAUUGCAGACACGAUUGGCAAUCCCGGAGGCUGAGCGGGCUGCUGAGGCGAAGGAGUUCAAUCAAAUACAUGAAGAGAGGGGGAGGCACCACGAUCUGUCAAUUGGAAACUUGGAGACGAAGCUGAAAGACGCGUACAGGCAAGUUGCAGUAUCCGAAAGUGCCCGAGCUACCGAGAAGAAGGAGUACGAGAGGAAACUUGAGAUGGCGCUGAAAAGCGUGCAGGCACAGCAACCGGGUGGAGACGAACAUGUGACGCCACACCUUGCCUGCACCGAGACUGAGCGUCACGUGCUAUCAAACGGUAGGAACAAUGAGCGCGUGAGGGUUGUAGAGAUCGCUGGACAUUACAAAACACCGGUUCAACCUGCCGUUUUAGGUAAGGAGAUACAUCAGCAGGAAAUUCGGACAGCUCAGCACGCAGACGGACUUGCAGGUGAGGAGUGCUUCGAUUGCCAAUCGUCGAUCAAGCAGAAGUCACAAAAGGACCUGUGCCACUCUAAAAGCUGA